CUGGUGAGUCUGGGUGUUUUCCUGUUUGCCUCUUACCUUUUGCACUGAUCCUGGGGACAGGGGACAGUGACAGCCAAGGCUGCUGUCCCUGCAGGAGCCAGGAGCCAGCUUCUGCCUGCUCACACCCCAGGGGUAUUACCCCACGGUUUUUCCAGGGCUUACAUCUUCCUAAUUUUCUUUCUUCAGGAGGGGCUGGAGCCCUGCACCCAGCCGUGCUUUGCUGCCAGCUGAACAAAAAUUAAAGAAGAAAGAAGAGUGAAGAACAGAAAAAUAAGAUGUUGGUGCUGUCUAACGACACAGCCCUGAACUCACUUCUUUCCAAGCUGCUUCAAGACCACCUGGAACAUACAAAUAGCUCUGCACCUUCCCAGGUCAGAAGUGCCAGCAGUGACCUGGAAAUCAUCUACGUGCUGCUGAUGAUCGGCCUCUUUGGUUUCUUCACAGUGGGAGUCAUGCUGACCAACAUCCGUGCCAGAAAGCGGGAGGACUCCCAGGACCCCUACACCACCUACAUUGCUACAGACAUUUGGCGCAAGAAGGACAGAGAGUAUUUUCAAGCCAAGCUCAUAGAAAAUUACAAGCUGUGCUGUGUCUUUGAAAACCAGGUGGCCGUGGAGCAGCCAAGCAUGCAGAUUCCUGAGGCAAAGUCUUCCUAGCAAAAAGUGGGAGAGAGGAUUGCACUUUGCACAUGGGACAGCCUGACUGAUACCUGGUAUGAACCAGGCUAGCUGUUUGCCCAUCUGCAGAGCUACAGGCACUGGUCUUGGUGAGGCUGAAUAACUGUGAACUGAUGGGGAAGCUGAUGGGUCUGUGGUGGUCCUGGUGCUGCAAAAGCGCCCCGCCACCAGUACCUUCUUGCAGUCCCUGUAAGGCAGAGGAGGGCAGACACACAGAGAGAGUAGCUUGGACUCAUCAGCUUCACCUACCGAAAAAAUCAAAUGUUGACGUUGCCAGUGUGAACACUUGCAGUAGUCCACGUAAUUAAAACCAAAUCAGAUCAAACGCAAGACAGAGGUGUUAACUGCCAAGUAUGUUUUAGCAAUCAUUUUCAAGUAGGAUCAGUUUCUUCCAAGAAAAAAGUAGCUGAAAUAUUUCAUUUGCAUUUUUGUCCUGCAUAGAAUAAUAAUUUUAUAAAUUGUAGAACAUUGUGGAUUACCUAUUUCUUUCAGAAUCAUACACUUCCUUGAGAUAAUAUUAUAGAAAAAAAUUAUAAUUUUUUACUGAAAAACAUUUCUGUGCAAAAAUGCAGACUUCAGAGGGAAAUCUUUAAGUGACUGUCUUGAAUUUAUAGCAGGUACCUCAGACUGGUCUUGCUGGCUACUUUUGGUUUUGCUUCUCAUGGAUGGGGGUGAACCUGACAGCAAUAUCCACUCUUGUAUAAAGAUUCAGCAACCCAUGGGGUCUCUGACAUGCAAGUGUGUAACAUUUUGAGUGUUUAAAGCACAUUUAAUUAUUGCACAAGACCUAAGUGCUAGUCCUUAGUUGUAAGGUGAAUUUCCACCCUGUGAAGAGCAGUUCUGCAAAGCAUCUGAUACUUAAUCACUGACACAGAUUAUGUCUGUGCUUAACUUAAAGCCUGUGAGCAGUUCCUUCAGCUCUCAAGAGCAGUCUCCCUUGGUCUAGCUGUUUAUCUAGGGUAGAAUCCAAUGCAAUGUCCAUGCCAGCAAUGUUUUCCUGCCCGUGGCCUCUUUGCUCCUUCCUUCUGCAGACCAUGUCUGCCAAUCCACGGCGGCAUGGUGGCAGCCGAACUCAACAUCUGCGGCAGCAGCCACUGCUGACAGGUAUCAGCUGUCUUUGUUAAAAGGAAGAAAUACGGCUCCCCUGGACAUUAGUUUACUCAAAAUAGCAACCUCACCAGCUUGAAGCCUGUUUUCUUGUUUAGGAUCACAGAAGUAAUGGUCUGGGCAGGAGGGGGGUGGGGUUAUUUCUGUUCUGCAGAUAUGCAUCACAUUUUUAGCUACUGGAGAGGAAAGAAAAGUGAGAAAGGCUUGAAAGAAUGUUGUGCAGAGCAGACGCUUCAAAGGCAAUGCAAGGGCAGAUUGCUACCCAAGUAUUUGGAUGAGCAAGCAGUACCAGUCUCAGCAUAUCCCUUUUCCAUGCAUAGGUACUUCUUUAGCACUACACUUUCAUUAAAGUAGUAUUCCAGCCAUGUUUUUGUUCCCCAAAUACCUAGGACAACUAAAAAUGCAGGACAUUUUUUUAAAGAUAUUUAUAUGCUGCCUAACAUUAAGCUGAGGACAAGAUACAUGUUUUCAGUGUCUCAAACAGCUUCGAAAAUCACCCUGAGCUUAAUUAUCAAAAUCACUUUUUCCUCUAGAGGAAUGUAAACCAAAGCCAAGCUUUGGAUAAAUGUUGACUUCUCAACUUGGGCACUGUUUUUUUGGGAUCUCACCAUGCAGUCUGUUUAUUACUUGCAUUUCCCUCCCCUUAUGAGAGUGCAAAUGCUCUUGCUUGAUGGUUCUCCAGAGGCAGACCCGUGCAGCAUCGCUGACAAUAUUUAAACUUGUAUCAAAACUGGCCUUUAAUUAUGUUAAAACCACCUUUGAACAUUAAGCUUGUCAAAACGCUGUUCUCCCUCCACCUGUUUUCAGGUAUUUGGGGUCUAGGAAUUUGCUGGAUACUUUCUUUUGAUAGCUCGAGUGUAGUCAUUUGUGACAGGGGUGAUGGUCAGCAUUAGUUGACUCCCACUUUUUUUUUUAACUCUGCUAUUUUAUUUAUUUAAAAAAGAGAAAAACAACUGUGCCAUAGUCAUAACACUUUCCCAUGCCACCAGGCUACAAAUCACCCUUCAGCAGUUAUGGACUCCUGCUGUGGACUUUCACAUUACCUUUUGGUCUUGUAGUUCUCCUUUUCCCCCAUUUUUUCACUUGUUCAAAGCAAUAAAAUAUGAAUUACAAACUGUGCUUGUGGCCUUAGAUGUUGUUUUCUCCUAAGCUGUUUCAUAAGCUCACAGAAAGAGUGCUAAUACUACCUGAUGGGCAUCUACUCAGCCGUCCCCUUUCUACACCCUAUUAACCAA